CAUUCAAACUUCAAGCGCGGGCCAGAGUCCGAAAAUGGCUCCCGCCUCAAAAAAUUAGUGAAAAGAUAAUCGCACCCUCAUACACGAGUGAAAUCAGAUAUAUGGUAUGCGACCAAAACGCAUAUUCUCAAUGGGUUUCGCUUCCCCUCAAGUACCAUACAAACAAUUCAAAAGCUUUCUCAAAUCUCGUCCAAUCUCUCCUAAGUAGAUUCUGGGUUCAUGAAUUUUGGGCCAAAAGUACUUGAAUUUCUUCAUUUUUGUCAGUUGGAGAAGUGGGUUUUCGGUGGAUAGAGCUUACGAUCGAGUUUCAUGAUGAGUGGAGAUAUUUUUGCAGAUGGUUUUGGUAAAAACCGUCCGGCUCUAGCCGAUGUGACUAAUCGGAAAAGGGCGUUUCCGUUGGUUCUGGGUGAUCCAGGACUUAAAUCUGGGGAUGAGUAUGGUAAAAAGAUGGAUAGUGAAGAUGGAGAUUCACAGUUUACUAAGCAAGUGUCUUUCGGAGUUGAGGAUUUAGUCAAAGAGAAGUGUGAAACGAAGUUUGCAAGAGAUGUUAGUGAAAAGAAUUCGCGUCCCACUCACAGGGAACUUGUUUCUUCGCAGGAGAAUAUUGCAUCUGGUGGCGCAAACCUGCAUAAUGCAACUAAGGAGACGUCAAGUUUGUUUGAUGGCAAUGUAACUAUUGUUAAAGAUGACAGUCAACUGCAGAGUGUCAUGGAGGUUGGUGAUGCAUCGAGGGAUAGUAGUGCAUGUAGUGUUUUCAUGGCCACAUUCUCGGGACCAUGCAAGAAGGAUCAUCGUGGGGUUGGGGGGAAGUGUCAAGAUGAGGAAGGAGGACUCAGUUCUGGUGUUAUACAAUGCAAAACCGUAUGCAAAGGAUCAUUCACACGUGUUUGCAACAAUGAUGAAAUUGACCUGGGUGUCCGUAAAUUGGCCUCAAGCAACCACAGGUCUAGUGAGUGGUCGAGAUUGCCUAAAUCACAGAGUUCUAAGUUCCAUGAAUUUGAGAAUGCUGGUGACAACAUUCUCAAAGGUUGCUCUUGCUCAUUUUGCUUGAAAGCUGCUUAUAUUUUGUCGGACCUCCAUUACCAGGACAUCAAGGGUCGAAUAGCUGCAUUGAAGAGGAGUCAGAAAGAAACAAGCAUCUUGGUUCAACAAAGUUGCAGGGGGAAGGAGACUGAAAUUCAUGGCCAAGGAAACUGCAACAAAUUAUCAAAAUUAGAGUCUGAUCUCACCGAUCACUGGAAGUCACUCUUUCUACAUAUGGAGGAUAUCCUUAUUCAUGAAAGGAACCAGCUUCAAUCCAGCUUUGUCGCACUAAAAGAUCUGAGAGAGAACUGCAAAACGGAUCUGGAGAUACUUAAUGGAAGGGCUUCAGAGAAAGAUUAGUGUUCUGGUGGUUGUAAGAAUGUCUAGUCAGUUAUUGAGUAAUUUGUGCGUUUUAGCAUGCAGAAGCAUGUACCCAUGUGUGAUCCUAGGCGGUGUGCAGAAUUCCUAGUUCUUACCAUUGUUUCAGAAUCUGUAAAAUAUCGACUAAACAUGGGGGAUAGUAUUUUUUGUAUUUAAUAUCAUGAAUGUAAGAACGUUUUCCUGCAUGGGAGAAUAACAAUUUUCCUUUUCA